AUGUCUUCUGUAGAGGGCCCAGUAGCUAAAUUGAUUCGAGAAAAACUAAGCACACGCUUUCAGCCGAAGCACCUCGAAGUUGUUUGUGAGAGUCACUUGCAUAAUGUGCCCAAAGGGUCGGAAAAACAUUUUCGAGUUCAAAUUGUGAGCGACGCUUUUGAAAAUAUUCGCGUUCUCGAGAGACACCGUCUUGUGAAUAACUGUCUUGCUGAAGAACUAAAGAAUGGCGUUCAUGCGCUUCGCAUUGAUGCAAUACCUUCUAGUAGAUGGGAAGGCCAAAGCCAAGAAGCAAGUCCUUCAUGCCGAGGUGGAUUCGGUUUGUAA